AUGCAUGUUCUUUCCAUGCUCAUGGCCGCAUUGGCUCAAGCGACUCUCAUAAAUGGCAGUCCCAUUCUUGUUCUUGGGGAUAAUGAACAGAAGAAGGGUUCUAUUGAUCCCGUCAAAAUCGUAGAGCAUGUCCGCGUCGAACGUGAACUUCAACUAAGCGCUCGAGACAUCGAAGAAGCUGAUCAACACGGCGUCGAUCUCAAUAAGAUGUACAAGCACUCCAUCCUGAAGCACACUGAUGGUAGCCUGUAUUCUAUUUGGGUCCAUAGCUCAUUCGACGGAAAUUUCUUCGGCGAUGAAAAGAAUGGAAAUGGCGCCCAUCAUUUGGGAAAGCGCUGGGACGAUCCACCUACCACCGCGUUCAACAGGUGGCCCGAAAUCUUCAAGUUGGGGGCAGACCAUGCCACGUGCAAAAAUACCGACUGGAAGAAGAAAACGGACCAGCACUCAGCCUUUGUUGACGGAGCUGAUGCCAUUAUGUCUUGGACUUACAAUAACCGGGGUGCCUGGAAAUUUGGCCCUAACGACGCUUAUCACAGUAGCGACAUUCUGGUAGGGGGCUCCGACACGGGUGCAAACAUGAGAUUCUCAAUUCGAAAGGACCUGGGGCAUGUUGUCUUCCUGGGUACCCAAGAUGUCUUCGAAGUCACACGUGACGCUCGUCACAAGUUCAAAAGGGACUUUCAUGGUGUAUGGCGUAUGGCUGGCAAGGGCAAGAUGGGUUGCUGGAACGGGGUGGAUUAUAGCAAGCUUCGGUGGGAGAUCGACCGAAGUGAUAGAGACGUACCAGCCGGACUUCCUCGGCCGCAGAACCACCAAAAGCCACAGAAACAACCUAAGCCAACACAGCAUCCCGAGCCAGAAGCCAACCCGGAGACAACGAACCUACCAAAGCUAGUACCCAAACCCGCACCCCCACAUCACUCCGAGACACAACCAUACCAUCAACCGUACCAACAGCCAAACCACCACCCACAGCCGGAUCAUCACUACCAGCCAGUAUACCAACCCGAUCCAGUAUUGCAGCCCAGGUCACCACAUCACCGAAAGCCAGAAUACCACCCAAACACAGCGCAACACCCCGAAACAGUGCACCACCAAUCGACCAUCCACCACUCAAAGCCAAUACAUCAAUCAAAGGCAGCAGUCCUACCACCGCCGCAGCCCGCAGUCCCGCCAUCUAUCCCGCCAGGAUAUCCACCAGGAGCAGGUCCGCCAGGACAAUAUACAUCGCCCCCAGAAGUUCACCAUCACCAUCAUUACCAAGCGGGCCAUCCACCUCGACCUGGCUGCUCAGGG